CUUUGGCCCUUACAAGUCAACUGGGACAGCAGAGAGUUGUUCACGGUGCAUUUCGGAUUUCACCCAAGGGCACGUUUUUCUGAGGGCCAGUGUGUUAGUCAGAUGGCUGUGAUGGGAUCGCUGAAUCAACAUGUGCCAGACAGCCCAUUGGAGGAUCCUGACCUUAAGGACGCAUACUUCAUCCCAAGAAACAUUAUGGCUGAGCCAGACUAUAUAGAAGAUGACAACCCUGAGCUAAUUAGGCCUCAGAAACUUGUCAAUCCUGUCAAAACAUCCCGCAACCACCAAGACCUUCACAGAGAGCUUCUUAUGAAUCAAAAAAGGGGUUUAGCCCCUCAGAAUAAGCCAGAACUGCAGAAAGUGAUGGAAAAGAGAAAACGAGAUCAAGUAAUAAAGCAGAAGGAAGAAGAAGCACAAAAGAAGAAAUCUGACUUGGAAAUAGAACUAUUAAAACGGCAGCAGAAGUUGGAGCAGCUGAUUGGAUGA